UUUGUGUGAAUCAUAUUCUCGCCUACCUUCCACAUCAACAAGCGACGCACGCGCAUCUUUGCUCAGCUAUCUCCUGUCCCUAUCGGUUUCACUGGGAAGACUUCCGGUUGUGUGUCAUGGCGGCAUGGUAAAGCUUGCUCAAAGGGAAAAAUAACCAACCCGUACUGUCUUUUUUAGACAACGGUUUGGGGAUUUAUUUUGGGCUUAACAUCGCCACGAACGUCCACAUUCGUAUUGGGAACGGCAAGGACUCAUUAGCGGUCUCCAUCCGCUCGGCCAUGGCGGCACAUAAACCAGUGGAAUGGGUUCAGGCCGUGAUAAAUAGAUUCGACGAGCAGCUUCCCGUUAAAACAGGACAUCAGAACAACCACACCAAAGUCAGCACAGAGCAUAACAAGGAAUGUCUCAUCAACAUCUCUAAGAACAAGUUCUCCCUCGUCAUCAGUGGCCUCACCAACAUAUUAAAAAAUGUGAACAACAUGCGUAUAUUUGGGGAAGCUGCUGAGAAGAACCUCUACCUCUCCCAGCUAAUUAUCCUGGAUACACUGGAGAAGUGCCUAGCAUCGCAAUCCAAGGACUGCCUACGUCUGGACGAGACCAUGCUGGUGAAGCAGCUGCUGCCUGAGAUCUGUCACUUCAUCCACACGUACCGCGAGGGCCACCAGCACGCUGCAGAACUCCGUGCCUCCGCCUCAGGGGUCCUCUUCUCCCUCAGCUGCAACAACUUCAACGCUGUCUUCAGCCGCAUCUCCACCAGGUUGCAGGAGCUGACAGUCUGCUCAGAAGACACUGUGGAUGUCCAUGAUAUAGAGCUCAUGCAGUACAUCAAUGUGGACUGCUUCAAACUUAAAAGACUGCUCCAAGAAACGGUAUUCAAAUUCAAAGCCCUGAAGAAACCUGCCCAACUUGCUGUCAUUAACAGUUUGGAAAAGGCCUUUUGGAACUGGGUGGAGAACUACCCUGAUGAGUUUACCACGCUCUACCAGAGACCACAGACAGACAUGGCAGAUGCUGCGGAGAGGCUGUUUGACCUGGUGGACAGCUUUGCUGAGAGUGCCAAGAGGAAGGCAGCGGUGUGGCCUCUACAGAUCAUCCUCCUCAUCCUCUGUCCCGAGAUCACACACAUCAUCUCUCGAGAGGUGGUGGAGGAGAGCAAGGCCAACAAGAAGCUGUUCCUGGAGAGCUUGAGGAAGGCCCUAACAGGCCAGGGGGGCAGCAAGCAACUAACAGAGAGUGCUGCCAUCGCCUGUGUCAAACUGUGCAAGGCCUCCACCUACAUCAACUUGGAGGACCACUCAGGCAUCUUCCUCCUGGUGCAGUCCUUUGUGGUGGACCUGAAGGCCUUGCUUUUCAGCCCCACCAAGCCCUUCUCUCGUGGGGCAGGCAGCCAGAAUGCAGACGUGGACCUCAUGAUCGACUGCUUCGUCUCCUGUUUCCGUAUCAACCCUCACAACAACCACCACUUUAAGGUCUGUUUGGCCUCGUCCUCCCCCUCUACCUUUCACUUUGUUCUGGUCAACUCCCUGCACAGAAUCAUCACCAAUUCUGAUCUGGACUGGUGGUCUAAGAUUGAUGCAGUGUACUGCUACUCUGGAGAGCUGCGACUAAUGUUCUCAGACACUCUGAGCCGAGUGAUGCAAGGCCUUCACACACACGCCCCUCAACGCAUGACACCGAGUCUGUCAUUUAAAGAGAAGAUGACCACCAGCCUUAAGUUCAAAGAGAGAACCACAGAUCUGGACACACGCAGCUACAAGUGCCUCCUUCUCGUCCUGGUCAAACUCAUCCACGCCGACCCCAAACUCAUGCUGCACAACCCAGGGAAGCAGGCUCAGGAGACUCAGAGCAGCACAGCAGAGCUGAUCGCAGGCCUGGUGCAGCUGGUGCCCUUGGCCAACACAGCCCAGCUCUCCCAGGAAGCCAUGGAGGCUCUGCUGGUGCUGCACCUGCCUGAGACCAUUGAGCUGUGGAACCCUGAGGCCCCCAUUGAAACCUUCUGGGACAUCAGCUCCCAGGUUCUCUUCCUGAUAUGUAAGAAGCUGAUAGGUCACCAGAUGGUGAACAGUACGGAGGUGUUGAAGUGGUUGAGGGAGAUCCUUAUCUGCAGGAACAAGUUCCUCCUCAAGAACAAGGAGUGUGCCACACAAGGCAGUGGAAUCCCCAUCUGCAGACAGGCCCAGACCAAACUGGAGGUGUGUCUAUACAUGUUUCUGUGGAGCCCUGACACCGAGGCUGUGCUGGUGGCCAUGUCCUGCUUCAGACACCUGUGUGAGGAGGCUGACAUCCGCUCUUCCGCUGACGAGGUGCCCGUCCAAACCAUCCUGCCCAACUACACCACCUUCACAGAGUUUGCCUCCGUCAGCAACAUGAUGGCCACCGGACGCUCCACCCUGCAGAAGAGAGUGAUGGCCUUGUUGAGAAGGAUAGAGCACCCCACUACAGGAAACACUGAGGCAUGGGAGGACACGCUUGCAAAAUGGGAGCAGGACACCAAACAGAUUCUUAACUUCCCCAAAAACAAGGUGGAGGACGGUCAGGAGUGGAUCAACAUGACAGGCUUCCUGUGUGCUCUGGGCGGGGUGUGUCUGUCUCAGCGCAGCAAGUCCUGUGGCCCUGCCACCUACAGCCCCCCCAUGGGCCCCAUGAGCGAACGCAAGUACUCAAUGGUCUCUGUGGGCUCCUGUGAUGUCUCCAACGCUGGAACCUCAGCCACCUGCUCCUCCUCCACUGAGACCCCCCUGGGCAGGUUCCUGGACCGCCUGCUGGCUCUGCUGGUAUGUGGUCAUGAGAGGGUGGGUCUGCAUGUCCGCACCAAUGUCAAGGAGCUGCUGGGGCUGGAGCUCAGCCCGGUCCUCUACCACAUGCUCUUCAACAAGCUCAGGAACAGCAUCGGACGCUUCUUCGACACACAGGGGCCGGUCCCCAUCAAUGAUACUAACACGCAGUUUGUAGAACAGACCAUCGCCAUCAUGAAGAACCUACUGGACAACCAUGCUGAGGGCAGCUCAGAGCACCUGGGACAGGCCAGCAUAGAGACCAUGAUGCUCAACCUGGUCAGGUACGUGCGUAUCCUGGGCAACACGUUGCAUGCCAUCCAGAUGAAGACCAAGCUGUGCCAGUUGGUGGAGGUGAUGAUGGAGAGACGAGACGACCUGUCCUUCUGCCAGGAGAUGAAGUUCAGGAACAAGAUGGUGGAAUACCUGACAGACUGGGUGAUGGGCACCUCCAACCAGGCUGCUGAUGACGAUAUCAAGUGUCUGACCAGAGACCUGGACCAGGCCAGUAUGGAGGCGGUGGUGUCUCUGUUAGCUGGCCUGCCUCUACAGCCAGAGGAGGGAGACGGGGUGGAGCUGAUGGAGGCCAAGUCCCAGCUCUUCCUCAAGUACUUUACCCUGUUUAUGAACCUGCUGAAUGAUUGCAGUGAGGUGGAGGAUGAUGGCCAGCCGGUGGUUGGGAGGAAGAGGGGCAUGUCUCGACGCCUGGCCUCCCUCAGACACUGUACUGUCCUGGCCAUGUCCAACCUCCUCAACGCCAACGUGGACAGCGGACUAAUGCACUCUAUCGGUCUGGGCUACCAUAAGGACCUGCAGACACGGGCCACCUUCAUGGAGGUUCUGACUAAGAUCCUCCAGCAGGGGACAGAGUUUGACACACUGGCAGAGACAGUGCUAGCUGACCGCUUUGAGAGGCUGGUGGAGCUGGUCACCAUGAUGGGAGACCAGGGAGAGCUGCCCAUCGCCAUGGCACUGGCCAAUGUGGUGCCAGGAUCCCAGUGGGAUGAGCUGGCCCGUGUGUUGGUGACGCUGUUCGACUCCCGCCACCUGCUGUAUCAGCUGCUGUGGAACAUGUUCUCCAAGGAGGUGGAGCUGGCUGACUCUAUGCAGACUCUGUUCAGAGGCAACAGCCUGGCCAGUAAAAUCAUGACUUUCUGUUUCAAGGUGUACGGGGCGGCGUACCUACAGAAGCUACUUGAGCCUCUACUUAAAGGGGUCGUCACCACCCCAGAGUGGCACAACAUCAGCUUUGAGGUGGACACAACCAGACUAGAACAGUCAGAGAACCUUGAGGAGAACCAGCGGAACCUUCUCCAGAUCACAGACCGGUUCUUCCUGGCCAUUAUCAACUCCUCCAGCGAGUUCCCUCCGCAGCUACGCAGUGUGUGUCACUGUCUCUACCAGGCUACUUGCCACUCUCUACUGACUAAAGCCACAGUUAAAGACAGAAAGGAAAACAAAAAAGCAGUGGUGAGCCAGCGUUUCCCCCAGGACAGUAUAGGGGCGGUGGGCAGUGCCAUGUUCCUGCGCUUCAUCAACCCUGCCAUCGUGUCACCCUACGAGACAGGCAUCCUGGAUGAGAAGCCCCCACCCAGGAUAGAGAGAGGACUAAAGCUCAUGUCCAAGAUCCUCCAGAGCAUUGCCAACCAUGUGUUGUUUACCAAAGAGGAGCACAUGAGGCCUUUUAACGACUUUGUGAAAAGCAACUUUGAUGCAGCCAGGCGGUUCUUCUUGGACAUAGCAUCUGACUCUCCUCCAAGUGACUCAGUCAACCACAGCCUGUCCUUCAUCAGUGAUGGCAACGUUCUGGCCCUCCACAGGCUGCUGUGGAACAACCAGGAGAGGAUUGGACAGUACCUCUCGAGCAACAGGGACCACAAGGCAGUGGGCAGGCGGCCAUUUGACAAGAUGGCCACCCUCCUAGCCUAUCUGGGGCCACCCGAGCACAAACCUGUGGCCGACACACACUGGUCCAGCCUCAACCUCACCAGCUCCAAGUUUGAAGAGUUUAUGACCAGGCACCAGGUCCAUGAGAAAGAUGAGUUCAAAGCCCUGAAGACCCUCAACGUCUUCUACCAGGCUGGAACCUCCAAGAAUGGCAACCCACUCUUCUACUACAUUGCUCGCAGGUUUAAGACAGGCCAGAUCAACGGAGACCUUCUAAUUUACCAUGUGCUGCUGACCCUGAAGCCUUACUACGCCAAGCCCUACGAGAUCGUAGUGGACUUGACCCACGUGGGGCCCAGCAACCGCUUCAAGACAGACUUCUUGUCCAAGUGGUUUGUGGUGUUCCCGGGCUUUGCCUACGAGAACGUGGUGGUGGUCUACGUGUACAACUGCAACACGUGGGUGAGGGAGUACACCAAGUACCAUGAGAGGCUGCUGACAGGCCUGAAGGGCAGCAAGCGGGUGCAGUUCAUCGACUCGCCGGUGCGGUUGGUGGAGCACGUAGAGGCAGAGCAGCAGAAGCUCCCCGCAGCCACGCUAGCCCUGGAGGAGGACCUCAAGGUGUUCCACAAUGCCCUGAAAGUGGCCCACAAGGACACCAAGGUCUCCAUCAAGGUGGGCUCCACGUCCGUCCAGGUGACGUCAGCAGAGCGUACCCGUGUCCUGGGCCAGUCCGUGUUCCUCAACGAUGUGUACUAUGCCUCUGAGGUCGAGGAGAUCUGCCUGGUGGACGAGAGCCAGUUCACCCUGACCAUGGCCAACCAGGGCACACCCCUCACCUUCAUGCACCAGGAGUGUGACGCCAUUGUCCAGUCCAUCAUCCACAUCAGGACGCGCUGGGAGCUGUCGCAGCCAGACUCAAUCCCCCAGCACACCAAGAUCAGGCCCAAAGAUGUGCCGGGCACCUUGCUGAACCUCGCCCUGCUCAAUCUGGGCAGCUCUGACCCCAGCCUCAGGUCUGCAGCCUACAACCUGCUGUGUGCCUUAACCUGCACCUUCAACCUGAAGAUCGAGGGCCAGCUGCUGGAGACCUCAGGCCUGUGUAUCCCUGCCAACAACACCCUCUUCAUAGUGUCCAUCAGCAAGACGCUGGCCGCAAACGAACCACACCUCACCCUGGAGUUCCUGGAGGAGUGCAUCUCCGGCUUCAGCAAGUCUAGUAUAGAGCUGAAGCACCUGUGUCUAGAAUACAUGACCCCCUGGCUGCUCAACCUGGUGAGGUUCUGUAAGCACAAUGAUGAUGCCAAACGUCAGCGUGUCAGCGCCAUCUUGGAUAAGCUCAUCACCAUGACCAUCAAUGAGAAGCAGAUGUACCCCUCUAUACAGGCCAAGAUCUGGGGCAGCCUCGGCCAGAUAACGGACCUGCUGGACGUGGUGUUGGACAGCUUCAUCAAGACCAGCGCUACAGGAGGCCUGGGCUCCAUCAAGGCUGAGGUCAUGGCUGACACGGCUGUGGCUCUAGCCUCAGGGAACGUCAAACUGGUCUCCAGCAAGGUGAUUGGCCGGAUGUGUAAGAUCAUCGACAAGACGUGCCUGUCUCCCACACCCACCCUGGAGCAGCACCUGAUGUGGGAUGACAUCGCCAUCCUGGCCCGUUACAUGCUGAUGUUGUCCUUCAACAACUCUCUGGACGUAGCAGCUCACCUGCCCUACCUGUUCCACGUGGUCACUCUGCUGGUGGCCACCGGCCCCCUGUCCCUCCGCGCCUCCACACACGGCCUGGUCAUCAACAUAAUCCACUCUCUCUGCACCUGCUCCCAGCUCAACUUCAGAGAGGAGACCAAGCAGGUCCUGAGGCUGAGCCUGACAGAGUUCUCCCUGCCUAAGUUCUAUCUGCUGUUUGGCAUCAGUAAGGUCAAGUCUGCUGCGGUCAUCGCCUUCCGCUCCAGCUACCGUGACCGCUCCUUCUCCCCCGGCUCCUACGAGAGGGAGACCUUUGCCCUCUCCUCCCUGGAGACCGUCACUGAGGCCCUGCUGGAGAUCAUGGAGGCGUGCAUGAGGGACAUCCCAGCGUGCAAAUGGCUGGACCAAUGGACCGAGCUGGCUCAGAAGUUUGCGUUCCAGUACAACCCGUCCCUGCAGCCCAGAGCCCUGGUGGUGUUUGGCUGCAUCAGUAAGAGGGUGACCCACGGCCAGAUCAAACAGAUCAUCAGGAUCCUCAGCAAGGCCAGCCCCCUGCUCAGCAUAGACCGGGGGCUGGAGAGCUGCUUAAAAGGACCUGAUAACUACAACAGCCAGGUGUUGAUUGAGGCCACAGUCAUUGCUCUGACUAAGCUGCAGCCCCUUCUCAACAAGGACUCCCCCAUGCACAAGGCAGUGUUCUGGGUGGCUGUGGCUGUGCUGCAGCUGGAUGAACCUAACCUGUACUCUGCUGGGACGGCCCUGCUAGAGCAGAACCUGCACACUCUGGACAGCCUGAGAGUAUUCAACGACAAGAGUCCAGAGGAGGUGUUUAUGGAGAUCAGGCAUCCUCUGGAGUGGCAUUGUAAACAGAUGGACCACUUUGUGGGCCUCAACUUCAGCUCCAACUUCAACUUCGCACUGGUGGGGCACCUGCUCAAAGGCUACAGACACCCGUCGCCCGCCACAGUGGCUCGCACGGUGCGUAUCCUCCACACGCUGCUGGCCUUGGUCGGAAAACACCUCAACUGUGACAAGUUUGAGGUCAACAGCCAAAGCGUGGCCUACCUGGCAGCCCUGCUCACCGUGUCAGAGGAGGUGCGUAGUCGCUGCAGUCUAAAACACAGGAAGUCUCUGCUGCUGUCUGAGAUGGCCAUGGAGAACAUUCCCAUGGAUACCUACUCUCUGCACCACACUGACCCCAACUGCAGGACACUGAGAGAGUGCCAGCUGUGGGCAUCUCCCAAGGUGUCAGAGCGCUAUCUGAAUGCCUACUACCCCACGAUGGGGCAGAUCAGCCCCCGUACACGCAAGUCCAUGAGCCUGGACAUGGGCCAGGCCUCCCAUGCCAACACCAAGAAGCUGCUGGGAACCAGGAAGAGUUUUGAUCACCUGAUAUCCGACUCCAAAGCACCAAAGAGACCAGAGACCGAGUCUGGCGUCACCACCCCGCCUAAGGUUAGGUGCGUGGCCGAGAACGACUACGAGAGAGACAACCAAAGAAUGGGCCACUCCCACCUCCGCAAGAUGUCUGUGACCGAGUCCAACGUCCUAUUGGACGAGGAGGUGCUGACCGACCCCAAAGUCCAGGCCCUGCUGCUCACUGUGCUGGCCACCCAGGUAAAGUACACCACAGAUGAUUUUGACCAGAGGAUCCUGUACGAGUAUCUAGCUGAAGCUAGCGUCGUCUUCCCAAAAGUAUUUCCCGUCGUCCACAACCUGCUGGACUCCAAGAUCAGCACGCUGCUGUCUAUGUGCCAGGAUACCAACCUGCUGAACCCAGUGCAUGGCAUCGUUCAGAGUGUGGUCUACCAUGAAGAGUCUCCUCCACAAUACCAACCCUCCUAUCUACAGAGCUUCGGCUUUAAUGGACUUUGGAGGUUUGCCGGACCCUUCUCAAAGCAAACUCAGAUCCCAGACUACGCUGAGCUGAUUGUGAAGUUCCUGGAGGCCUUGAUUGACCGCUACCUGCCUGGUACAGAGGAGGAGAGGAGCGAGGAGCAGCUCCGUACCCCCACCUCCCCCUACCCCCCCGUCACCCAGAGCCAGCUCAGCAUCACCGCUAACCUCAACCUCUCCAACUCCAUGACCUCCCUGGCCACCUCGCAGCACUCUCCAGGCGUGGAUAAGGAGAAUGUGAAGCUCUCCCCCAGCGCGGCUCUCUCCACCAGUGGAAGGAUCCGCCAUGGCUCUGCCAGUCAGGUGCAGAAACAGCGCAGCUCAGGCAGCUUCAAAAGGCUUAGCAUUAAGAAGAUAGUAUGAGACAAAGAGCGAUGGAGAGAGCAAAAGCCAUUCGAAGGCCUCUCCUGGCCCACCAUGCCACACAUCUUCCUGCACUCCUCUUUUUACCCUUUUUGUUUUGUUGUUUUCAUGAUGGAUCAACCUGAGGAUCAGUGUUGUUUUGGGGAAGUAGCUGCGUUUGUCUCUUGUGUUCCUUUGGUUGUCAGGCAUCUGGAGCAUUGCAACAUGAGAGAUUUGGAUGGGUGAAGUUAUUUGCGUACAGAAAGUUGGGCCAAGAUUUUUUUAAUUAAUUUUUUGUUCAUUAAAAGGACUGAAACUGUCAAGGUGACUGAAAUAAUCCAUUCAUUCAGUAGUCAUCUUGAUUUUUUUGCUCUUUCUGUUGAAUUCUCAAAGAAUCCAGAUAUCGGUUAUUUAUAUAUAUACACAUACAUGCAUAACUUAUUCAGUGUAAGAACUGGACAACAUGAUGUUUGGUGACUGCUGCAUUAUGUGACAUAGGAAGAUGACUGGGCGAAUCAAUGUAGGCGUCCGUGUUGGACCAUUAGGACAUUGAAAAAAAUAGAGGGAUUUUGAACCUGUAUACUGAAACUGAAGGACAGGCUCUUGCCUCAGCUCCAACCCCACAGUCUACUCCAAACCAACCCCACUACUGCCUCACACCACCACCUCACAGCAAGGCUGCAGCAGCCAGUCGCCACCUCCAUCUAUGCUGGGUUGACCAAAUGUCGUAAGCAAAACCUUCAAACCACAGUCUUAAAACCUGGAUUUGGAUGCAUAUUGUCAUUUUGAUUCUUCCCAGUUGUGUACAUAUUUAUGUAUAUAGAUGUAUAGAAAGGAUAUACUCAAUAAUAAUAAUAAUAAUUGGGUUGUUUUAUCCAUGGUGUGCCUUUGUCAGGGUUUUCCGAUGUGUAUAAUUAUGUUUCAAAUAAAGUGAAGCCUUGGUCUGGAAAAGAACAGGUACUAAUUAUAUAGAGACUAUUAUGUUGACUCUAGGUGAAUGUAGAGGUGCGUUAACUAUGUCAUGAUCAUCAAGUAUACUAUCUCCAAUAAUACCCUGCUGCCUGAAAGUAUUUAACCUGUACAGAUAGUCCUCACUAAAUAUUGAAGCUAUUCUUUUUUAAACAUUUGCCAUGCAAGAAUAUGAAUUUCAAGAUACUGUAUAAACUUGUAAAUAUUUAAAGGCCUUUAUUUUAUUGAUUUGUAUAAUUUUUUCACUAUAUUUCAUUUGGAUUGGUUUACAGUUCUGACCGUGACUAGGAAAAUUAAGUAAUAUGCCAAACCCCAUCAGUAUUAGCAACUACUUGAAUACUUAAAUUGACAUAAUAUACAGUUGAAGUCGGAAGUUUACAUACACCGUAGCCAAAUGCGUUUAAUCCUAGUAAAAAUUCCCUGUCUUAGGUCAGUUAGGAUCAACACUUUAUUUUAAGAAUGUGAAAUGUCAGAAUAAUAGUAUAGAGUGACUUAUUUCAGCUUUUAUUUCUUUCAUCGCAUUCCCAGUGGGUCAGAAGUUUAUAUACACUCAAUUAGUAUUUGGUAGCAUUGCCUUUAAAUUGUUUAACUUGGGUCAAAUGUUUCGGGUAGCCUUCCACAAGCUUCCCACAAUAAGUUGGGUGAAUGUUGGCCUAUUCCUCCUGACAGAGCUGGUAUAACUGAGUCAGGUUUGUAAGCCUCUUUGCUCGCAUGCGUUUUUUCAGUUCUGCCUACUUAUUUUCUACAGGAUUGAGGUCAGGGCUUUGUGAUGGCCACUCCAAUGUCUUGACUUUGUUGUCCUUAAGCCGUUUUGUCACAACUUUGGAGUCAUUGUCCAUUUGGAGGACCAAUUUGCAACCAAGCUUUAACUUCCUGACUGAUGUCUUGAGAUGUUGCUUCAAUAUAUCCACAUAAUUUUACAUCCUCAUGAUGCCAUCUAUUUUGUGAAGUCCACCAGUCCCUCCUGCAGCAAAGCACCCUCACAACAUGAUGCUGCCACCCCUGUGCUUCACGGUUGGGAUGGUGUUCUUCAGCUUGCAAGCAUCCCCCUUUUUCCUCCAAACAUAACGAUGGUCAUUAUGGCCAAACAGUUCUACUUUUGUUUCAUCAGACCAGAGGACAUUUCUCCAAAAAGUAAAAUCUUUGUCCCCAUGUGCAGUUGCAAACCGUAGUCUGCCUUUUUUAUGGUGGUUUUGGAGCAGUGGCUUAUUCCUUGCUGAGCGGCCUUUCAGGUUAUGUCGAUAUAGGACUCGUUUUACUGUGGAUAUAGAUACUUUUAUACCUGUUUCCUCCAGCAUCUUCCCAAGGUCCUUUCUGGGAUUGAUUUGCACUUUUCUCACCAAAGUGCGUUCGUCUCUAGGAGACAGAACGUGUUUCCUUCCUGAGCGGUAUGACGCCUGUGUGGUCCCAUGGGGUUUAUACUUGCGUACUAUUGUUUGUACAGAUGAACGUGGUACCUUUAGGUGUUUGGAAAUUGCUCCCAAGGAUGAACCAGACUUGUGGAGGUCUACAAUGUUUUUUCUGAGGUCUUGGCUGAUUUCCCCAUGAUGUCAAGCAAAGAGGCACUGAGUUUGAAGGUAGGCCUUGAAAUACAUCCACAGGUUCACCUCCAAUUGACUCCAAUUAGGUCAAUUAGCCUAUCAGAAGCUUGUAAAGCUAUGACAUAAUUUUCUGGAAUUUUCCAAGCUUUUUCAAAGCACAGUCAACUUAGUGUUUGUAAACUUCUGACCCACUGAAAUUGUGAUACAGUGAAAUAAUCUGUCUGUAAACAAUUGAUGGAAAAAUCACUUGUCAUGCAGAAAGUAGAUGUCCUAACCGACUUGCCAAAACUAUAGUUUGUUAACAAGAAAUUUGUGGAGUGGUUGAAAAAGGAGUUUUAAUGACUCCAACUUAAGUGUAUGUAAACUUCCGACAUCAACUGUACAUCAAAAUAUUGCUGUUGAUCACUGUUCAAGUCUACCACCUGUCUUAAGAUUGUGUGAUACAGAGUUGAUUUUAUUGAAGUUCUGGUUUGAUAAAAUUCCAAUACGUUUUCCUGAUUUCCUACUCACAUACACAGAGGUGUCUCUUCUCUCUGGUUGAAUGAAUUCUACCUGUGAGUUAUCUCCUAUGGCCAAAUGAAAAGUAGUGAGGGGAAAUGAGGGCGGCCAUUACUUUGUCUGAAAGUCAUUGUUCCUCUAAAGUACCAGAGUCAUUCACACCCUUCCUCUUGAUCAUAACUUUUUCAUUUAUGCAUAUCAGUAAGGCUAUAUGGUGGAAUCUCCACCAUUACACCGCGUAUACCCAUCUAGAUUCCUGACCCUUAGUGUCUGCAGACAUGGAAGGGUUGGGAACGGCUGUUAAUGAACAGUCAUUGGGACAGGACCUCAAUCCCAGAUGCCCUUGCGUCAGAUCCAGGGACACUGCACCAAAGACUAGCUUGCACUAUGGGAAAGGAUAAUGAUGAUAUCCAUUGAUUCAAAACAUGUUUUAGAAAUGUUGCUCUUAAUGAAUAAUGAUUACUUUUGUGUGUGUGUGUGAGUGAGAGAGAGUGUGCAAAACUGUCAAGGCAAAGGGUGGCUACUUUGAAGAAUCAAAUAUAAAAUGGAUUUGGAUUUGUUUAACACUUCUUUUUGGUUACUACAUGAUUCCAUAUGUGUUAUUUCAUAGUUGUGAUGUCUACACUAUUAUUGUACAAUAUAGAAAAUAGUAAAACUAAAUAAAAACCCUGGUAUGAGUAGGUGUGUCCAAACUGGUACUGUAUCUCAGAACUUAAGAAGGGUACCAAAUGCAAUUUACACAAUUGGAUAACAAGGAAACCAAAUAAAUGCAUAAAUAUUGUUUUUGAAUCCAUGUGACAACUAAGAUUAGACAACUGUCAGGGCAAAUAGCUUGGAUGAAUUAAUCAACAGAGUAACCGUCAGAACAUGUCAGUUUUCCAUAGCCGCCUUCAGGAUCUAGAAUGGCCUUUUGGUGUCCAUUUGGGAUGACAAGGACAUAUAUUGCGAGUAACCAUAGACUCUUAAAUGAGUGAUUGGCAUGCACUAUUCUGAUUCACAGGCAAGGGUUUUGUGAAGUUAAAUAUCAUAAAAUGUGGCAUGUUUUAUUUGAGGUGCAAAAUAUUUUGUCACUGGAGUGUUGUUCCGAAUGUUUUUCUUUAAGUGGUAUAUUCACAUUUUGUGUACAAUUUGAAAAUUGUAUAUUUACUAUACUGUAAAUACUUGUGAUAAUAUUGUAUAAUUUCUUUUUUUGUAAAGCAGUAAUUUACUGUAUAAUGUGUAUAACACAUACAUUUAAUUAUUCCAUUGUUAAUAAAAGUUUUGCUCUCCACUUAAAAGCCA